AAUACGAAGAGAUUACAAACGCAUCUCGGAGUGUUGGAACUGACAUAGAAUCGGACACUUCAAGGGGAUGCACCGGCGAAAUGUGUUGGAGCGAGGCUAUCAUAUUGAGCGGAUACUCGACCGAACAUUAUCCGUAACUAUCCAUCAUUUCCAGUCACCACAGGUCUCAAUUGAUCAACAAAGCAAGACUCCAUCAAAAUGGUCUAAAGUGAUUUCAAUUCCUUUCUGAUGAAUACAGACUCUUCUACAUUUCUUAAAACUGUCUAGAUUUGUUUUCACCGCUCUCUAGAAUGCCGUUUUCACAUCAUAGUCAUUCUGGGCAGUUCUGCGCCCAUGCCAAGAAUACUCUUGAAGAGGUCAUUCAGCAGGCCGUAAACAAAGGGUUUCGGACCUUUGCUUUAACCGAACAUAUCCCACGGCCGAACGAGCAUUUGUAUGCUGAAGAGGUUGCUGAAAAUUAUUCGUGGGACAUCCUCCACCAGCUCUUCAGGGCAUAUCUCAAAGAGGCCUUGCGACUUCGGGAAAAGUAUGCAGACAAGAUCAGCAUCCUGAUUGGCUUCGAGAGUGAAUUCGUCACUCCCAACUAUGUUGGCUUGGUUGAAGACAUUCUCAACUAUGGGAUCUGCUCCGACGAUGACGUGUCUCAACGAUCAGACUUCAACUUCUACAUGGGUUCUAUCCACCAUGUCAAAACCAUCCCAAUUGAUUUCUCCAAGGAACUCUACGUCGAGGCAAGGGAUGCCUGCGGUGGAACCGACGUAGAUCUGUUUUGCAUCUUCUUCGACGAACAAUAUGAGCUCCUUCAGCGACUCAAGCCGCCGGUUGUCGGCCACUUUGACCUAAUUAGACUGUACAGCAACAACCCCAAUGGGAGCAUUCGAGCUCUUGGAAGUGCUGUGUGGAGCAAAGUCAUUCGGAAUCUUCAAUUCGCCGCGGACAACGGGUUGAUCUUGGAGGUCAAUUCUAGCGCAUUGCGGAAAGGCAUGGAUGAGCCGUAUCCGUGUGUCGAGAUCAUGCAAGAAUAUUUGCGGAUGAAGGGGAGAUUCACGCUUUCGGACGACUCUCACGGGAUCGAUCAAGUUGGGUUGAAUUAUCCUAAGGCUGUCCGAGCGAUGAAGGCGGCCGGCGUGGGAGAAAUUCAGGUCGUAACGACUGACUCGACCGUAUCUGAUAUGAAGACGGAUUGCGUGCCUUUAUCGGAAGUGGAAGCCCUCCUAGAAACCUCCUUAUAACCUUUUACCGCUUAUAUUGCCGUAGCUUUGGGCCUUGCCCUAUGCUUUCUGGCUAGCGUGCAGUCCCACGACCGGAAUUGGCAAUUUUCAUAGAGUUUCAAUACAUUGUGUUAUAGAUUCCAAGGUUGUGCUCUUCAAA